UCAACAACUCAAAGGUGAGGAAGAACAAAAAACUACAGUAAAAGCUCAAAGAAAUUCUUAUAGAGCAAAAGAAGAACCAAAGAGACAAUAUCAAUGCAGAGAGAAGAAGACCCAAGCUUGGCUCCACAAAAACCGGACCAGAAUCAGACGAAAAAGAUUGAAAAUCGGAGGAGUGCGAGGAAGAGAGAUUUGCCGCUGGCUGCCGCUGCUCGCCGGCGAUCUCUGCCGCUACUCUCCGGCGUUGCUCUCUGGCGCGGGUUACUCGCCGUCACUAGCUACUACCCACCGGUCACUUGGAUUGAAGCCCUGUUGUGCGCAAGGAAGACCGCGAGCGUGCUACGAUGGUGUUAUAAGAUGUCGGAUGGUUGAAUUGAAUGAGAGGGUUAAAAUUGGAAGAAGAGUCCUAUUUAGGGAAUAAUUUUACACUUACUCCUAUUUAGGAAUUUCAGCAACAAUUUAAUCCUAUUUGGGGCUAUUUUCCCAGGUCUUCUUCUAGAUGAAGAAGUUGACAAAAUCAACCAUCAUACUGGGCAAAAGACCACGGUCUUCAUACGAAUAUGUAAGUCCAACGACAAAUGAAACGCAUGAUGGAGAAGGUACUCAUGAGAAGGUUGUCGGGUGUUUAAACCACUCUGAGAAUCACACAAAUCUUCAAAGGAACACUCCAUCUUCUUCAAACUCAAAAAGAAAUUCAUUACAGGAUAUCACAAAUGCCAUAACAAAUAAUAGCACUACAAGUGUACGCCCAACAAGUACAGGCAAAUGGCGUUUUGGAAUGUCCCUAUUACUUGAAGAUGACUACGUUUUAUUUGAGUCGAACAUGUUUGAAGGACGCAUUCAAAACUCAGCUCGCAUGAAGGACAUAUCAAGAUUUGAGUGCAGCAAUCGCAAUGAAGGUGACCAUUUAGAGAAUGCAUUGGAUGGACAGUCCGAUGAUGAUGGACUACCUGUUGAUGAGGAGGAUGCAGAAUAUGCAAUAUGUUCGACAGAAGAUUAUGUAGAUCUACAUGAUGCUAUUUACGAGUGCGAGUACUGCAGAGCACUUUUUUGGCAUGCUGAAAGAGUAAAGAGAAGUUCAGUCAAACAGCGACCCAAGUUCUCCAUGUGUUGCAAUAAAGGGAACGUUGUACUUCCUAAGAUGCAAAAACCACCAAAUUUGUUGUAUGAUCUGAUUUUUGGGAAUGAUGAACGCAGCAGACAUUUCCUUGAAAACAUCAGGUCAUAUAAUUCUAUGUUUUCCUUCACUUCCAUGGGUGGAAAAGUUGACCAUGAUGUGAAUAGAGGGAACAAUCCACCAAUAUUCAGAUUGAAUGGGCAAAAUUACCAUAGAAUUGGCAGCCUUCUCCCUACUGAUGGGAAUCAGCCAAAAUUCUUGCAGAUGUACUUAUCUGACCCAAACGAAGAGAUCUCAUUUAGAAUUGCAUCUGUCAGGCGUGACGGUGGUACAUCAUUACAUGAUACAUUGGUGGCUGAACUGAAAGCCAUGUUGGACACAUACAAUGUUUAUGCACAGUCUUUUAGGAUGGCGAGGGAUAGAUUCAAUGAAUCUAAUUCGACUUCAUUGAAAAUGAAAUUAAUAGGCAAGAGGAAUUCAGAAGGUCGUACGUACAAUACCCCCACUGUAAGCGAAGUAGCUGCCUUAAUAGAGGGAGACUUUGAUGUGAACAAAAAAGAGAGGGAUGUUGUUCUUCAAACGAAGUCUGGUUCUUUACAGUACAUCUCUGAAUUAAAUCCAGCUUAUCUAGGGUUGCAGUAUCCACUUCUCUUUCCUUAUGGCCAGGACGGUUUUAGAGAAAAUGUGUUGUUGACCCGUGCAACCGAAGGGAUCACUGAAGGGAACACUGAAGAGAACACUGAAGGAAACACUGAAGGAAACACUGAAGGGAACACUGAAGGGAACACUGGAGGGAGAAAGUAUGUUACUAUGAGAGAGUACUUUUCAUAUAGAUUUCAGGAUCGCAUGGUUGAGACCCCAUAUAUAUUGCGAACAAAGAGAUUGUUCCAACAACUUGUGGUUGACGGUUAUACGAUGAUUGAGUCAUGCCGCUUGCAGUAUAUUAGAAAACAUCAAAAGGAGCUACGGAGUGAUCUGUAUAGUGGAUUGGCAGAUGCUGUUGGACGAGGGGAGACAAAUGCAUCGAGGACAGGUCAACUCAUUGUUCUUCCGAAUUCAUUUACUGGGAGUGCACGUUACAUGCUGCAGAAUUAUCAAGAUGCUAUGGCUAUAUGCAGAUGGGCUGGAUAUCCACAACUGUUUAUUACAUUCACAUGUAACCCAAAAUGGCCUGAAAUUCUCCGUUUUGUGGAACCAAGAGGACUGAGUCCUGAUGAUAGACCUGAUAUACUUUCUAGGAUAUUCAAAAUGAAACUCGAUCUACUCAUCAAGGAUUUGAAACAAAAUAAGAUGUUUGGCAACGUGCGGGCAGUUGUGUACACCGUAGAGUUUCAAAAACGUGGAUUGCCUCAUGCUCAUAUCGUUCUAUGGAUUUCACAAAGGCAGAGGAAUGUAUUUUCCGCAGAUAUAGACAGAAUAAUAUCUGCAGAGAUACCUGAUGAAAACUCUGAUCCCGCUUACUAUAAUGCAGUCAAAGAAUUGAUGAUUCAUGGGCCAUGUGGGCAGAUGAACAUGUCUUCACCGUGUAUGGAUAAAGGGCAUUGCACGAAGCAUUUUCCUAAAAAAUUCUCCCAACGGACAACCAUUGAUAAGAGUGGUUACCCAAAAUACAGGAGGAGAAACAAUGGAAGGUCUGUUGAGAAAAAUGGUUAUCCUAUGGACAAUAGAUAUGUGAUCCCACAUAAUCGUACUUUGCUUCUCAAGUAUGGAGCACACAUCAAUGUGGAGUGGUGUAAUCAAUCACGGUCAGUCAAGUAUCUUUUCAAGUAUAUAAAUAAAGGCGAUGAUCGGAUAACUGUUGCAUUUUCAGAAGCUACUGACAGCACCAAACCACAAAAGAUCGAUGAGAUCAAGAUGUACUAUGACUGUCGAUACAUCUCCGCUUGUGAGGCUGCAUGGAGAAUUUUUUCAUACCAUAUCCAUUACAGGGAUGUUCCCGUUGAGCGGUUAAGCUUUCAUUUACCAGGAGAGCAAAAUGUAUACUACAAACCUGAUGCAUCCAUUGAGUCAGUACUAAGUAACACCACUCUUCACUCUACGAAGUUUAUAGCUUGGAUGAGAGCAAACCAACUUUAUCAGGAGGCCAGGGAGUUGACAUACGUUGACUUUCCAUCUAAGUUCACGUGGAACAAAAAGAAAAGGGAGUGGUCACCGCGGAAAAAGGGGUUUGCGGUUGGGCGUGUGUUCUUUGUGCGUCCCGGAGCAGGUGAGAAGUACUAUUUGCGAGUUCUGCUGAAUGUAGUAAAAGGGCCAAGAAGUUUUGAAGAGUUGCGAACCGUGGAUGGAAAGAUAUAUGACACAUUUAGGGAUGCCUGUUAUGCUCGCGGGUUACAGGGAGAUGACAAGGAGUACAUAGAUGGCAUUACAGAGUCAAGUCAUUCAGCAAUGGCUCGAUGGCUACGCCAUUUGUUUGUUACUCUUUUACUGCAGGGAUCGAUGACUAAGCCUGAAUCGGUGUGGGAAAAGUGUUGGGAGUAUUUUUCGGAAGACAUAUUAUACAAUGUGAGGAAGAACCUUCAUGAUCAAGAGUUGGAACUAGACAAAGGAGAAAUUCAGAAGUACUGUUUAGUGGAGAUUGAGAAGCUUCUCCAGCAAAGAGGAAAAUCACUGUGUGACUACGUCGGAAUGCCAGUGCCCCCCGAUUCUUAUAUCCCCUCCAUGGAGGACAUUCUCAUUCAUGAAGAAUUGAAGUACGAUAAGUGUGUGAUGGCUGAAGAACAUCAAAAGUUGUUGAAGGAUAUGACAGAUGAACAACGAGCUGUUUACGAAAUAAUCAUGGAAUCUGUCGACCGCAAAUGUGGCGGUGUGUUUUUCUUAUAUGGACAUGGUGGCACGGGAAAGACUUAUUUGUGGAGGACUUUGUCUGCGGCAAUUAGAUCACGAGGAGAAAUAGUAUUGAAUGUGGCAUCCAGCGGUAUUGCGUCACUCCUUCUUCCUGGAGGAAGGACCGCACACUCGAGGUUUGCUAUUCCACUUAAUGUGACGGAGGACUCGACGUGCAACAUAAAACACGGUAGUCCCUUGGCCAGGCUUCUUGAACAGACACGACUAAUUAUUUGGGAUGAGUCUCCAAUGACGCAUAAGCACUGUUUUGAAGCUCUAGAGCGCACAAUGAGAGAUGUCCUUUGCUUCUCACCGGAGUGUGAUGGUGCCGUGCCUUUUGGUGGAAAAACUAUUGUAUUUGGCGGGGACUUUCGACAGAUAUUGCCGGUCAUUCCAAAAGGCACGCGGCAAGAUAUUGUACAAGCGUCUUUAAAUUCAUCGUAUUUGUGGUCAUAUUGUAGGGUGUUGAAGCUGACAAGGAACAUGAGGCUUGCACACGUGACCGAAUCAUCCAGCGCAGCUGACAUAGAGCGCUUCGCAGAUUGGAUUUUGAAGAUAGGCGAUGGUAUUUUGGGAGACGAUGAGGAUGGGGAAUCUAAAGUCCACAUACCUGCCGAAUUUCUUGCUCCGAUGACGGAUGAUCCCAUUGAGUCUAUUGUUAAUAGUACGUAUCCAGAUUUCUUGACUCAUAGGGAAGACAUAUCAUAUCUGAACUCUAGGGCCAUUCUUGCGCCUACGAUUGAUGAGAGAGACAAGAUCAAUGAUUACAUGUUGGGGCUCAUUCCAGGCGAGGAAAUGACAUACUUAAGUUGUGAUUCAGCAUCUUCCUCUGACUCAGAUAGCGAGCUCCUUCAAGACAUUCAUUCCCCGGAAUUUCUUAAUAGCAUCAAAUGUUCUGGUGUGCCAAGUCAUGAACUCAAGCUUAAGGUGGGUGUGCCUGUGAUGCUUAUGAGAAACAUAGAUCACACUGUUGGGUUAUGCAAUGGUACGCGACUCAUGGUAACUAAACUCGGGACUCAUAUUAUUGAGACUCAGAUGAUGUCAGGAUCAAAUGCUGGAGAAACGUAUCUUAUUCCCCGACUUAAUUAGUUUAACGCCUUCGGACUUGAAGCUCCCUUUCACGUUUCAGCGCAGGCAAUUUCCUCUUAUGCUUAGUUAUGCGAUGACGAUUAAUAAGAGUCAGGGACAGUCGUUAGAAAGAGUUGGUGUAUUUUUGCGGCGUCCGGUUUUUACUCACGGACAAUUAUACGUUGCGGUAUCGAGAGUUACAAGUCCAUCAGGGUUAAAAUUUGUCAUAUGUGACGAUGAUGGUCAACCAAGCAAUACUGCUAUAAAUGUUGUUUACAAAGAAGUGUAUAACAAUUUAUACGUUUUUCCAUAUGUCAUUUCACUUAUGCUUCGAAUGUUUAAAUUAUAUUUCUAUUAUCAUUCAAUUCAGAUC